CUCUGCAGCGCCCACCAUUCGAGCCCCAGAAGAACGGAACUACAAGUCCCGGGGUCCCUUGUGGCCGCCAUAGUCGAGUGGCCCGUGGAAUUGGCCCAGGAUGACAGCUGGAGAAUGGAGUCAGUUUUAUCCAAGUGUGAAAACCAGAUUACUAUUUUUGCUGACUACCUAGAAGAAUUUCCAGAUACAGAUGAGCUGGUAUGGAUCUUGGGGAAACAGCAUCUCCUUAAAACAGAAAAACCUAAGCUGUUGUCUGAUAUAAGUGCUCGCCUAUGGUUUACAUACAGAAAGAAAUUUUCACCGAUUGGGGGAACAGGCCCAUCGUCAGAUGCUGGCUGGGGAUGUAUGCUACGUUGUGGACAGAUGAUGUUGGCUCAAGCCCUUAUAUGCAGACAUUUGGGAAGAGACUGGAACUGGGAGAAACAAAAAGAACAACCCAAAGAAUACCAACGGAUCUUACAAUGCUUCUUAGAUAGAAAGGACUGUUGCUACUCUAUCCAUCAAAUGGCACAAAUGGGUGUAGGAGAAGGGAAAUCAAUUGGUGAAUGGUUUGGACCAAAUACAGUUGCACAGGUGUUAAAGAAGCUUGCUUUAUUUGAUGAGUGGAAUUCCUUGGCGGUUUAUGUCUCAAUGGAUAACACAGUGGUCAUUGAGGAUAUCAAAAAAAUGUGCUGUGUCUAUCCCUUGAGAGUUGACCCAGCCAGUGAGAGUCCCCCUAACUCUCUGAAUGCUUCAAACCAGAGUCAGGUCACCUAUGCCUGCAGCCCAGCCUGGAAACCCCUGCUGCUCAUUGUGCCUCUUCGCCUGGGCAUAAACCAAAUCAAUCCUGUCUAUGUUGAUGCAUUCAAAGAGUGUUUUAAGAUGCCACAGUCUUUAGGGGCAUUAGGAGGAAAACCAAAUAACGCCUAUUAUUUCAUAGGAUUCCUAGGUGAUGAACUCAUUUUCUUGGAUCCUCACACAACCCAGACCUUUGUUGACACCGAAGAAAAUGGAAUGGUUGAUGAUCAGACUUUCCAUUGCCUGCAGUCCCCACAGCGAAUGAACAUCCUGAAUCUGGAUCCUUCUGUAGCAUUGGGAUUUUUUUGCAAAGAAGAAAAAGACUUUGAUAGCUGGUGUAGCCUCGUUCAAAAGGAAAUUCUAAAGGAAAAUUUAAGGAUGUUUGAAUUAGUUCAGAAGCAUCCAGCACACUGGCCUCCCUUUGUUCCUCCAGCCAAGCCAGAAGUGACAACCACUGGGGCAGAAUUCAUUGAUUCUACCGAACAAUUAGAGGAGUUUGACUUGGAGGAAGAUUUCGAGAUUCUGAGUGUAUAGAUUAGUGGGAACUCAACUUAGAUAUCUGUCUUCCAUCUGGCACCUGAAGAACAUGAACUCAUUACAUAAAAACUUUUUCUAGUCAGCAAGUGCCUGAUAUGCCAACAGCAUAUAAACUUGAUACCAAUCAUUUCUGAGCCAAUGAUCAUUUAUCAGAAACAAACAGUGCUUCCUUGGAAAGAACUAGAACAAUCAUGAAAUCUAGGAGCAGAAGAAUUGGGAGUCGUCCCUUGCUUUUCAACUUGUCUCACAUGGCCACAUCACAUCUUCAGCUACCAAAAUGAAGCCGUGGUCACCUGGAAGACAGACAGAAACCCCCACCUUGCUUCAAGCACCAGCAGAUGAGGGAUGGUUAUCCUGUGCUCCUUCAUCCUUUCAGGUGUGACCUCUUGUGGGCUAAAUACUAAGAAGUGUUCUGUUUUCUUUGCACUAAUAAUAAAGUGAUUGCAUCUUGUUAAAUUAUUUCAAUAGCUAUUUUAAUUAUAAUUUAUAUCAAAAUUUUGUCCAAAAUUAUGUUAAAUGUGCACCUGUUGAUAUUUCUAUUCGAAGGCAUGUUACUAUUUGAUGGAUCACUGCUCAUAUUGUUACUGAAACUUAUGUCAGAUGUCAUCCUGUCUUCAAAUUAUCUUUAAAACAAGGAUCAGCACAUUUUUUUCUGUAAAGGGACAUAUAGUAAAUAUUUUAGAUUUUGAAGGCCAUCUCUCUCAGAGACACAGAAGUAGCCCACAAAAAAAUAUGUAUGCCAAUGGGCCUGGCUAUAAGGCAAUAAAACAUUUUUUAGGGGCGGGAGAGAUAGUACAGAAGGUAAGGUGCUUGCCUUGCAUGCAGACAACUCCGGUUCAAUGGUUAACAUCCCAUCUGAUCCCCCUGAAUAACAUUAGGAAAAAUUCCUGAGUGAAUAGCCAGGAAAAACUCCUGAGCAUCGCCAGGUGUUCCCCACCCUCAAAAACAAAACAAAACAACCUUUAUUUACAGAAAUAGGUGGGUCCCUGGAUGAUCCACAGACUGUACUUUGCCAGGCUCUGGCUUAAACUAUUGACUUUUUUUUUGCAGAAAACUAAAACUUUGUGCUUAAUGAGACUAUCUUGAUUGGCAGCCAUAGGUAAAAAGAAUUUUUCAUGCAGUGACAUUUAAUUAUGCAUCAUAUUCAAUUCCAAAUCAUUUCAGGGCUAGUAAUAUGCUAAAUUUUAAAGUACAUAUUCUCAACCUGGCUUUGUUAGCCGCUCUCCUAAGUGGAUACGCCAAAUGCCAGUGGUGUUUUCUCAUUUUGCUUUCCUUACCUUCUUCACCUGAAUGCAUUUAACUUCCAUCUUCAACUGAGUCUAGAGGAAGACCAGCUAAGAAUUGAAAGUUAGCAUCAAAAAAAGGUUUUGGAAUAUUUAAGAAUACUGAGGCAUUUUUUAGAUCCCAAUUUCCCCUUUAUCCAGCAGCUAAUAUUUUGAAAUGAUUAAAAUUCAUAAUAUGAAGAAUGGUAUUUAGUGGAAUGUCUGUCUCUCUCCCACCUGGUAGUUCCCAUUCAUGAAAGCUCCCAGUGUUAUUAACUUCUUAUUUAUCCUUCCAGAGAUUAUAUUUUAUGCAUACACAGUAUGUGACAAUGUACCUUAAAUUUCAUUUUAGUGACUUUAAUGUUUCUCUUAUAAUUUAUCUGUAAAAGAUUCUGAUGCCCCAGAAGUAUGGAAAGUCUCUUGGACUCUCAUACGUGUCAGGGUAGCACGCUUAGGCUUAUUUUGAAGUAGGCUGUGUAUUUGUUGCCUUAUUAGAGGACUCUUUCUGCCCUUUGACUUUGUAUUUUUUUUUCUUGACUCAACAUUUUGUUACAAUGUUUGACUCACAGUAACAGGUAUAUCCCCCCUCUAAGGGGACUCAUGAAUUGUAGUGAAAUGUACUUUAGAAAAGUUUUCAUUAAAGAAUGUCAAAUGAG